UGGAAAAUAUUCAUAGUUUUGACUACAGUGGUCCUCAAAAUCACACCAAUAGUGAUCAAGAGUGCAUCAGCAUUGCUGAUGUUGGUUCUAAUAAGCCUAAGAGAGAAGUUGGAUAUUGAGCUAAUCUUGGUAUAAAUACUCUUCUCACAGAUCAGAACAACCCACUUCAGAAAUGAAGCAAAUUGUUUUAAAAGGUCUAAUAAAUGUAAGAAAUGACAACAACUGUUGCAGGUCGUUAAGAAAUUGCAACAGAAAAAUAGAGAGAAGAGAGAGAAGUUGCAGAAAUAUUGAAAGGAUAUACUCUCAAUUGUGCGAAGUAAUCCGUUAAAGUGAAAUUUUAGAAGUUAUUCAGCCACGAAUGCAGAAAUAUAUAAAAUAGCCAACUAGGAUACGAUAAUUUACUAAAGAAUAUCCUUAAAAAUUCGCAAGAUUUCUUUCAUAAGACUCAACUUAACAAUCAGAUUGAGCUGGUUGAACUCACCCACUCUGUAACAGAAAAAUUAGUUAAAGAGCUUAGGGUGUUUUAUUCUACUCUAGAGCAAAAUUCCAGACUAAAAGGGCAGUACAAGGCUUCUAAGAUGUAUGACUAUCUCAAUUUUAACCAAUCAAAAUAUAAAUAAGAUACUGAAAGAAUACAGUCAAUUGACUAAAUGAAGAUUAGGAAUGAGAAGAGCUAAAACUUCAAGAUCGUCUCAAUCAGUCCCAACUUCUUUCGAGAUUACCUCAGACAUUAAAAAGACUCUAUCAAACUAUGAUGCUCAAAUCAGGAAAAUCUCUAAGGUCCUGAGAGCAAAGAGAGAGGUGCUCAAAGAAAUUGGGUUUCAAAGAAACAAGCUUGCUGACAAGCUCCUUCAGAAGCACAUCCAAAAAACUGAAAAUGGAAGAGCCAACCAUGUUAAACCACUUCACCAGAGAAGUCUCAGCAUGAUCAUUCCUCCUGCAAAAGAGUCUAAGUUUGAUUACAAAGGCAAAACCAGCAGUGAUGGGAUCAUUAACUCUUCAUUCACCUCAAACAAAAGUAUGCUGGUUGGGUAUCAGAAGGGUGUGAAUAAUGAACUCGAGAUGAAGCUCAACAUGAAAGGCCUCAGAUCUAGCAUUGAGAAGGAAAUUGAGGCCUUAAGAAAACGGAAGCAUGAACUAGAACAAAAGAAAGAGUUUGAAGAUACCCAGAUUCAUAAUCUCAAUGCCAGUUUUAUGACAUAUGAAUCUAAGACCAUUACUAUGGAGAAACAAAAGGAUUCUGUCCUUCUUCAAAACUCCUUCCUUGAGAAUGAGCUGAAAGAGAGGGACAGUGCAGUCAGUGGACUUGUGCAAGAGAUAAAUAAUAAAUAUCAGAACCGAAAGAAGCUCUCAGUAUCACUCAAUAUCUCAAAUUCGAAUUCAAAUAAUGAGAAGAAUAAAAGUUUUGACAAGAGGAAUGAUUUCGCUACAUGAGCAGGAGUUACCCAGGAUACAAGGUUUCAGACAUAUGAUUCAGGCAAGGAAACUUCAGAGAUGAGGAAAAACUUCUUCUCUUCCUUCUCUGGUCGGUUCGAGGAGAUUCUUACCUCACAGAAGGCGAUAAGCCCGGACAAUAAGAAGUAUAUGACACAAAAAGCUAAUAAGAAGAAUCAGUUUAACCUUCCUGAUUCUCCGUCAAUUUUCAAAGCAGCAGCUGAUAUAUUCUCAGAUAGAGAAAUAAGUGAGGAUGGCAUGGAUAUUGAUGAUUCCUUGUCUGAUGUCCCAGUCAGAGACUGCACUAAUAUUGAGGAAGAUCUGGAAAUGAGUAAGAAUCUUUCAAUGGAAGAAUCUGAAAUGAUCCUUGAUAACCUCGAGUUCUUAUCACCGCUACUCUCUAAACCUUCAAGAGAGCUCAAAGUAGGGAAUGGUAAUAAAUUUGUAAAUACCCCUUCAUUUAAGUCAAAUCAUGCUCAGAGGCAGAAUGAGUUUAAGAUGGUAAGACACAGAGUAAAAAGCGCUAUAAAUUUUGAUGGCUACACCAAUGUUCCCCUUCUAGAGCUGGGAAAUAUCCCCGAAGAAAUUGAUGAGAGUAAGAAUUACUCUGAGAAUACACAAAAUCAUCAUUUUGGCAAUCCUCCAGAAUCCUGUGAUAAUAGUGCUAGCAAGGAAGAAUUUAAGUGGAACAAAUCUGAGAGCAUCAACAAAUCUAAUUCUGGCACUAUGAUUUCGAACUCUUCAGAGAAAGGGUUUGGGAAGUUAACCAGUGCAUUUGAUAAAUUUAUAAAAAUCAAAAAUCAUGAUCAAGGAACUUUGGAGCCAGAAAGACUCACUUUUAAUAUAAAAGAUGGGAUGUGAACACCGAAUAAACUUACACCAGAGAAGCAAGUGAGCUCGAUCGAGAAUACCCUGCAUGAGGACCUAAGAAUAUUUCAUCAGUCUUCUAAUAGUUCUAAGAAUCCUAAGAGUGUACAGAAGAGAGCUCCAAGUUUAAGCUCCCAGACUAACGAGGAGGGUACUGAGUUUCAGCUUUAUUCUACUUUUGGUGUGACUAAACCAGCUGUAAAACCACAGGAGGCUAAAUCUUGCAUACAUCCCGAAGGGAUAAGCUUGUAA